AUGUCAAAUCCAAAAUUAAAAGUACUAUUUCUACCGAUUAACGGUACGGGUCAUGUAAACGCUUCUAUAGCAUUGGCACAGGUGCUCAUCAAAGCCGGACACGAGUGUACGUUUGCGGUCUAUGGCAACGAAUGGAUGGGCAAACUAGAGCCGUAUGGUAUCAAUGAAAUUGUUUGGUUAGAAAAAGACAAAUUGGACGCCAAAAGCUGGGGUUUGUAUUUUAAACAAAUAGGUAUUUUAGGACCAAUAGAUCCAUCGGAAAAGUCGGUGAUACUAUUGAAAGAUCAAAAACAUAAUAUCUAUAAUUUUCAACAACAACUUGAGAUCAAUGUUCAACAAACUAUAGAAGAGGUUCGACCAGAUAUUAUACUAUGCGAUCAUUUUUUAUCCAUAAUAUCGGUGAUGAAGUCGGGAAUUCCGUGGGUAUUGGUUUGCAGUUGUAAUCCACUAGUACUCAAACGGGACGAUAGAUUACCACCGGCUUUUUCCGGUUUACCGACAAACGGACCCAUUAGUGAGUGGCAAACAUUUAAUAAUUUUUAUAAAGAGGGCAUUCAAGAGAUGUGGCAAAUGUUGAAUGAUAUACAAGUGGCCAAUGGUUUCCCGCAAUUAAACGAAAGAUCAUUAAUUAAUGAAUCAAAAUAUCUGAAUAUAUACGGCUAUCCAUUGGAAUUGGAUUAUCUGGACAUAAGACCACUGCCCGACAAUUGGUAUCGUUUUGAUAACUUUUUACGAAAUGAUAAACAUUUACGAUUUGAAUUACCGGAACAAUUGCGGGACAAACCGGGAAAACUUAUAUAUUUUUCGUUGGGUUCAAUGGGCGGCGCAGACGUUGAUAAUAUGAAACGUUUGGUCGAUAUUCUGGCAAAAUCUAAGCACAGAUUUAUUGUAUCGAAAGGACCGUUAGCUGAUGAAUACGAUCUACCAGACAAUAUGUGGGGUAAGGAUAGUCUACCUCAAGUCAAUAUCUUGCCAUUAGUUGAUUUGGUUAUAACUCACGGCGGAAACAAUACUAUUACCGAAAUGUUUGCCUUUGGAAAGCCUAUGAUAGUUAUACCACUGUUUAGCGAUCAGUACGAUAACGCACAGAGAGUCCAUGAAAAAGGUUAUGGUAUACGACUCGAUGCCUACAAAUGCACUGAAGAGGAACUGUUGACUUCAAUUGAAAAUAUAUUAAACGAUAAACUGUUGUCUGAAAAAUUGGCUAAAAUAUCCAAAAGAAUUCUUAAUGAAAAUAUCCGUGCGUAA